AUGACCAUUUGGACGCGGUCAACCCAUUUGACAGCCCUAUUCGCUGGUGAAUCAGCUUCAGUGAUAUCGCCGGCAAAGGAAGAGCGAGGGAAAUUUGGAAGGACGAGCAGUGUGAGUACUGGAAAUUCACCGCAAGAGACGAACUCACUAGUGGAGAACAAAGAGCCAGUAUCGGAGCAACAAACGAGAAACUCCGAGAGACUGGGAUGGAGGACGGUGGUGGAGAUGGGAAUAGUGAAUCCGGUGGAUCCGGUGGCUCUAGAGACUAUGGUGGGAGAAGAGAGUUCAGCAGCGUCGCAAGGAUCUUCCUCCGACAGUAAGCGAGGAAGUUGA